UCUUGCCAAGACAAAUGUACCGACACGUCCCUACAGCCGCCAGAAGUUAUGAGUCAUUAAAGGACGUUUUAGUUUUACGCAUGCGCAAAGAGGCGCUUCAGCAAUAGCUGCAGUGACUGAAAGGUAAAGCUUCAAGAAAGUGGGCGGGCAAAGACGGAGCUUGGAUUGCGUCACAUCUGUCAGCACUAACGUCAGUUUUCUGCGCAAGCGUACUGACAAAAAGCGGCACGGACGGAUGUUUAUCCUGAUCCUGCGGUGAGAGUCCUUCCGCGAUUCUGAUUGGCCUAUCGGGCAAUUGUGCAUGCCAGGAAGAUGUAGAAGCGACCAAUAAGGAAGCCCAAAGGGAAGGGCUACGGGGGUUGCCUGGAUGCCGGGAGUUGCAGCCAUUUUUGCUGCGGGGAGGCGGGGUGCUGUUAAAUGAAGCCCGGCCGCCCUCGGCAAGACUACUACGGAUCGGGCGGCGAUCAUGUUGCGGCUCCGUUGUAAAGCGCGGAGUGGGUCCUUUCCGCUUCCCGGCCUGACGGCACAUUCCCAUCUACACGAACUCCAGGCCGUGAUCGCUGCCCUCACCGGUGUCCCCACCCAGGCCCAGCGCCUGCUGCUCGGCUUCCCCCCUUCGUGCCUCGACCUCAGUGAUGGAGAGCAGCGCCUCGGAGAGCUGGGCAUUCAUUCGGGUGAUACUCUAAUAGUUGAAGAAGAUGCAACCAAGCCCAAGACUGAUUCAUCUAUAGUUACAAAGCGGACUGUUUCUAAUUCAGUUAGAGAAGCUGUACCUGUGCUUGCCCGAAAGGUUGUUCCAGCUGACAACUCAUGUCUUUUUACCAGCAUAUAUUAUGUAGUAGAAGGUGGGGUUUAUGAACCAGGCUGUGCCCCCGAAAUGAGAAAUCUCAUUGCCCAAAUUGUAGCAAGUGACUUGGAAUCCUAUAGUGAGGCAGUCCUAGGAAAAAGUAAUCAGGAAUACUGUGACUGGAUCAGAAGAGAAGAUACAUGGGGAGGUGCAAUUGAGGUUUCUAUUUUGUCUAAAUUCUAUCAAUGUGAAAUUUGUGUAGUUGAUACCCAGACAGUCAGAAUUGAUCGUUUUGGGGAAGAUGUUGGCUAUGCUAAACGGGUGCUUUUAAUUUAUGAUGGUAUUCACUAUGAUCCACUUGAGCGUAAAAUCCCCAACUCAGACAUUCCUCCCCAGACAAUUUUUUCCACAACUGAUGACGUUGUCCUUGCACAGGCUUUGGAAUUAGCAGAUGAAGCCAGAAGAAAAAGACAGUUUACUGAUGUAAAUCGCUUUACACUGAGAUGUAUGGUUUGUCAGAAAGGAUUAACAGGGCAAGUGGAAGCCAGAGAACAUGCCAAGGAGACGGGACACACCAAUUUUGGAGAAGUGUGAAUUUUCUGUGAGGUUGGUCAUGUUUACUACCUCACUGAUCCAGAACAAGCCUCCCAAUUUUUAAAUAAGCUAUAUGUAAUGUUACAGAUUCAUUCAAAGUUUGAAAGCCCUAAGUUUAAUUAUGGCUGAUAUGCACAGGGUUGCAGUUGAUAGUGUAAAAUGUUUACAAGAGUGCAUGCAGUGGUGUCAUAUUUUCCAAGGAUCUUGGAGUAUUCUUUGCACAACUAAGAACUAGAGAUAGCAAAAUAGCAACUGAUACCAACAAGUGUAUCAACUCUUGAAAAAAAGUCUUGAGCAGCUGCUGAAGAAAUUCCUCUAACACAACUGAAUAUAUACAUUGCUGUAGCUAGCUAGGCCUGCAUCAAGGACUUUAGAAUCACUGAUGAAAUAAAAAUCUCAGCUCCAUUACUGGAUUUUUGAUUCUGGAAUCUAUGAAAUAGUUAAGCUGGUUCCAUUCAUAUCUGGCAAAAUUAUUUGCGUCUCAGUUUUGUUCAUGUGAAAUGUGUAUGUUUUUGUAACUUAAAGCAGUAAUCCCAAAGCUAUCUUAUUUGAAAUUGCUGAUUUGGAAAACUGUAAAAAUAAGGAAUGCUAGUUACAUUUUCAGCAGUCUUAGAAAGUAAAGUUACUAAUAAGUUUGGAUAAUUCCAUAGUGCCUAAUAUACCAGUAUACAUUAAUUAUAUUUUUAAAAGGUAUGAUCUGUUGGGGUGUUAAUAUGUAUAAAUUAUAGGGCCUUCAAAAUUAUAAGAAACUCAGCAAUAUGAAUUAGUGUAUUCAUAUGGAUAAAUAAUAUAUUGCAGCUAUAAUAUUUCAAGGGGAGGGUGUUUCAUGACAUCAGAUUGUUAAAUUUAAUGUCAAACCUUAGGGGCAGAGGUAUGUUUCCAAAUUGUCCACUUUUCUAAGUAUAGCAGUGUCCCUGAUAACUCAAAUUAUUCUCCUUGAAAGUAGUAUAUCAUAGAGAAAACCUUCAGAUGUGGAUACAUUGGAGGUAGAGGAAAGGAGAAGGUAAUUGCCAACUGGGCUGGAUGUUAAAAGCAAAACUUAGUGAGCUGCAUCCAAAAUCACAAAGUGUUGGCUGUUGGAAACCAUUGCACUCUGAUCUAACACCUGAUUUGUUUCACAACUUAAGUACACACAUCCUUUCACUGUUGUAGCUCUUAACUCAUUCACUAUUGUAAGCCUUAUAAGUGUGUGUGUAUGUUGCAUACCUACACACAAAUGCUAUUUGCUAAUACAUGUUUUAUGAAUAAUACGGUUUGCAUGUGAUAGAAAAGCUAUACUUAAUCUGGAGGGGUUUUGUAGGCAGUAGAAAAUGUAUUGGGGAUUAUCUGAAUUAAAAUAAUUUACAAAUUAUAAGGAAAGGGUUUAGCAUUUGAGAGAAAAGGAAAUUAAAAUGUGAGAUUGUAAUGAAGUGUGAUCAGAACUGGUUUAAUGCAUGCUGACUUAGAAAUAAUUCAAAUUAUCAGAAAAUAGAAGUGGUUUAGCAAUUUAGUUGCCAUCAAUGAAAUAGGCAUUAGGAAAUGAGUAAUUUGGAUCUAAACAUUUAAUAUUUCUUGGCACCAAAGGAUAUACUUGUACCUUUUUAGGUCCCAAAUAUAUGCAUGGUUAAUUGACUUUUGCAUUUAUUUUUAAUGUAACAUGAUCUAUAAAAUUUCAAGCAAGCAUAGGUUGGAUAACAAAUCUUGACGAAGUUAUGCUUUAUUGCAAGGAUCUGCAACUUUGUGGGGAUUAGGGAUAUAUUUGGAAUCUUGAGAACCAAGAAUAUAUUUGCAAAAUGGCUUCCAGGGAAGGUUUCUCCAAUUUACAAAAUGAAUUUACAAAAGUAGUGGACUUCCAGGAAAGUCUGUUACAACUACACUAGCUAGUUUAGAGAUAUUAAGGAUAACUCGGUUAAGACUAAUAAAGUGGUAUUUUUGCCAAAAGCCUUAAAUGAAACAACUGCAAUUAUACUUGUUACAGUAUAGGAAAAUGUUACCAACCUCGCUAAGCUGCAUGCUUUUAUUGGCCCAAAAGACUGUUAGACAAGAAUAUUAUAGUACGGUAAUUUAUUUAAAGUUCUGCUUUAAAUAAUGAGAAUCAAAAGUAUAGGAAAUAAAACCAUUUUACAAUUAAUAUUGGUACUGAUCUCUUUAAAGUCUAAAAUCAGAUUAGUUGAUCUUCAAAUCCUGUAUAUAUAUAUUUGGAUAUAAGUAGACACUGGAGAUUGUUUCUAUCAGAUA